CUUCCUGUUUACAGGACUAGAAGGGGCGGGGCCGAAGCCGGUUGCCCGGGUGUCUCGGAGCGGCCCGGAAGGAGGGUCUGGGAAUCCUGGAGCCCCUUGGCCCGCGGGGAAAGCGGGUGACCCGCCCUGCAAGUGGCAUGCCCCCUUUGGCCUUCUGGAGCGUAGGCGGGAACUCACACUGCACGGAGGGUCGCGGUGCCCGGGAGUUGAGGUUGGAGGAUGCGGAGCGGUGGCCCCGGUGCACCGAAGGGGAGUUCGCACGCCGGGCAGCGGUCUCCUGCCGGGACCCGGCGUUCGUCACACACGGCGCAUUCGUGACUGAUCAACAGCACAGUACACUCUGAGGCGGGAGGGUAGAAAGUGCUGGAGUGCGCGCCCAGGCCCUGGCUGUCGCAGCUCCCAGGCUGUCGCGAGCCUUCAGCGAGCCAGUGCGCACAGAAGGCUGCCCAGAGCUCCGGGUCUGCGCUCGCAGUUCGAGGUGGAACGUGUGUGUGCCCUGCGCUAGCCCCAGUUCUCGGAGGUGCCCCCAGCGCCUGUGGAGGGGGCGAUGAACGGACCUGCAAUCUGGAGGAGGCUGCGGGAAGGAGGUGCGGAGUCCAGGGGUCAGGGUUACCUUCGGGCAGGAGAACAGAUCCCUCUGCUCGGAGGCCCCACGUGUGUGCUGAGCAGGAGCUGACGCUGGUGGGCCGCCGCCAGCCGUGCGUGCAGGCCUUCAGCCACACGGUGCCAGUGUGGAAGGCUGGCUGCGGGUGGCAGGCGUGGUGCGUGGGCCAUGAGCGGAGAACUGUCUACUACAUGGGCUACAGGCAGGUGUAUACCACAGAGACCCGGACCGUGCUCAGGUGCUGCCGAGGGUGGACGCAGCAGCCUGGCGAGCAGGGCUGCCUCUCGGCUGAAUGCAGUGCUGGCUUCUGUUUUCACGGUGGCCAUUGUGCGCCAGGCUCAGCCCAGCCGUGCCAGUGUCCCUCCGGCUUCCAGGGACCCCGCUGUCAGUAUGAUGUGGACGAAUGCCGAACCCACAACGGUGGCUGCCAGCAGCGGUGCGUGAACACCCUAGGCUCCUACCUCUGUGAGUGCAAGCCCGGCUUCCGGCUCCACACUGACAGCAGGACCUGCCUGGCCAUUAACUCCUGUGCCCUGGGCAAUGGCGGCUGCCAGCACCACUGUGUCCAGCUCACGAUCACUCGGCAUCGCUGCCAGUGCCGGCCCGGGUUCCAGCUCCAGGAGGACGGCAGGCGCUGUGUCCGGAGAAGCCCGUGUGCUGACAGGAAUGGCGGCUGCAUGCACAGGUGCCAGGUGGUCAGGGGCCUUGCCCACUGUGAGUGCCACGCAGGCUAUCAGCUAGCAGCGGACGGCAAGGCCUGUGAAGAUGUGGACGAAUGUGCCGCAGGGCUGGCCCAGUGUGCCCAUGGCUGCCUCAACACCCAGGGGUCCUUCAAGUGUGCGUGUCACGCGGGCUACGAGCUGGGCGCUGACGGCCGGCAGUGCUACCGUAUCGAGAUGGAAAUUGUGAACAGCUGUGAGGCCAACAACGGUGGCUGCUCCCAUGGCUGCAGCCAUACCAGCGCUGGGCCACUGUGCACCUGUCCCCGUGGCUACGAGCUGGACACAGAUCAGAGGACCUGCAUCGAUGUUGAUGACUGUGCAGACAGCCCGUGCUGCCAGCAGGUGUGCACCAACAACCCUGGCGGGUACGAGUGCGGCUGCUACGCUGGCUACCGGCUCAGUGCCGAUGGCUGCAGCUGUGAGGAUGUGGACGAGUGCGCCUCCAGCCGUGGUGGCUGCGAGCACCACUGCACCAACCUGGCUGGCUCCUUCCAGUGCUCCUGCGAGGCCGGCUACCGGCUGCACGAGGACCGUAGGGGCUGCAGCCCCCUGGAGGAGCCGGUGGUGGACCUGGACGGCGAGCUGCCCUUCGUGCGGCCCCUGCCUCACAUCGCCGUGCUCCAGGACCAGCUGCCGAGACUCUUCCAGGAUGAUGACAUCGGGGCCGACGAGGAAGAGGCAGAGUUGCGGGGCGAACACACGCUCACAGAGAAGUUUGUCUGCCUGGAUGACUCCUUUGGCCACGACUGCAGCUUGACCUGUGAUGACUGCAGGAAUGGAGGGACCUGCCUCCCGGGCCUGGAUGGCUGUGACUGCCCCGAGGGCUGGACUGGGCUCAUCUGCAAUGAGACUUGUCCUCCGGACACCUUCGGGAAGAACUGCAGCUUCUCCUGCAGCUGUCAGAAUGGUGGGACCUGCGACUCUGUCACGGGGACCUGCCGCUGCCCCCCGGGUGUCAGUGGAACUAACUGUGAGGAUGGCUGCCCCAAGGGCUACUAUGGCAAGCAGUGUCGCAAGAAAUGCAACUGUGCCAACCGGGGCCGGUGCCACCGCCUCUACGGGGCCUGCCUCUGUGACCCGGGGCUCUACGGCCGCUUCUGCCACCUCACCUGCCCGCCGUGGGCCUUCGGGCCGGGCUGCUCCGAGGAGUGCCGGUGUGUGCAGUCCCACACGAGGUCCUGUGACAAGAGGGAUGGCAGCUGCUCCUGCAAGGCCGGCUUCCAGGGCGAGCGCUGUCAGGCAGAGUGUGAGCCGGGCUACUUUGGGCUGGGGUGCCGGCAGGCGUGCACCUGCCCAGUGGGUGUGGCCUGUGACCCCGUGAGCGGCGAGUGUGGGAAGCAGUGUCCUGCUGGCUUCCAGGGAGAGGAUUGCGACCAAGAGUGCCCGGUGGGGACGUUUGGCGUGAACUGCUCAGGCUCCUGCUCCUGUGGGGGGGCCCCCUGCCAUGGGAUCACAGGGCAGUGCCGGUGUCCGCCGGGGAGGACUGGGGAAGACUGUGAGGCAGAUUGUCCCGAGGGCCGCUGGGGGCUGGGCUGCCAGGAGAUCUGCCCAGCAUGCCAGCACGGUGCCCACUGCGACCCUGAGACUGGAGCCUGCCUGUGCCUCCCUGGCUUCGUCGGCAGCCGCUGCCAGGAUGUGUGCCCAGCAGGCUGGUUUGGUCCCAGCUGCCAGACAAGGUGCUCUUGUGCCAAUGAUGGGCACUGCCACCCAGCCACCGGACACUGCAGCUGUGCCCCUGGGUGGACCGGCUUUAGCUGUCAGAGAGCCUGUGAUAGUGGUCACUGGGGACCUGACUGCAGCCACCUCUGCAACUGCAGCGCUGGCCACGGGAGCUGUGAUGCCAUCAGUGGCCUGUGUCUGUGUGAGGCUGGCUACGUGGGCCCGCAGUGCGAGCAGCGGUGUCCCCAGGGCCACUUCGGGCCCGGCUGUGAGCAGCGGUGCCAGUGUCAGCACGGAGCAGCCUGUGACCAUGUCAGUGGGGCCUGCACUUGCCCGGCAGGCUGGAGGGGCACCUUCUGCGAGCGUGCCUGCCCGGCCGGCUUCUUUGGACUGGACUGUCGCCAUGCUUGCAACUGCACUGCCGGAGCCGCCUGCGAUGCCGUGAAUGGCUCCUGCCUCUGCCCCGCUGGCCGCCGGGGCCCCCGCUGUGCCGAGACUUGCCCAGCUCACACCUACGGGCACAAUUGCAGCCAGGCCUGUGCUUGCUUUAACGGGGCCUCCUGUGACCCUGUCCACGGGCAGUGCCACUGUGCCCUUGGCUGGAUGGGGCCCUCCUGCCUGCAGGCCUGCCCUGCCGGCCUGUACGGCGACAACUGUCGACAUUCCUGCCUCUGCCAGAAUGGAGGGACCUGUGACCCUGUCUCAGGCCACUGUGUGUGCCCGGAGGGCUGGGCCGGCCUGGCCUGUGAGAAGGAGUGCCUCCCCGGGCACGUCGGAGCUGGCUGCCCGCACAGCUGCAGUUGCCUCAACGGAGGCCUGUGUGACCCGCACACGGGCCGCUGCCUCUGCCCGGCCGGCUGGACUGGGGACAAGUGUCAGAGCCCCUGCCUGCGGGGCUGGUUUGGAGAGGCCUGUGCCCAGCGCUGCAGCUGUCCACCCGGCACUGCCUGCCACCACGUCACUGGGGCCUGCCGCUGUCCCCCUGGCUUCACUGGCUCUGGCUGCGAACAAGGAUGCCCGCCCGGGCGGUAUGGGCCAGGCUGUGAACAGCUGUGUGGGUGUCUCAACGGGGGCUCCUGUGAUGCGGCCACGGGGGCCUGCCACUGCCCCACUGGGUUCCUCGGGGCGGACUGCAGCCUCACCUGUCCGAAGGGCCGCUUCGGCCCCAACUGCACCCAUGUGUGUGGGUGUGGGCAUGGGGCGGCCUGUGACCCUGUGACCGGCACCUGCCUCUGCCCCCCGGGGAGAGCCGGCAUCCGCUGUGAGCGAGGCUGCCCCCAGAACCGGUUUGGUAUGGGCUGUGAGCACACCUGCUCCUGCAGAAACGGGGGCCUGUGCCACGCCACCAACGGCAGCUGCUCCUGUGGCCUGGGCUGGACAGGGCUGCACUGUGAGCUGGCCUGUCCCCCUGGGCGCUAUGGAGCCGCCUGCAGUUUGGAGUGCUCCUGCCACAACAACAGCACGUGCGAGCCCACCACGGGCACCUGCCGCUGCGGCCCCGGCUUCUACGGCCAGGCCUGCGAGCACCCCUGUCCCCCUGGCUUCCAUGGGGCUGGCUGCCAGGGAGUGUGCCAGUGUCAACAUGGAGCCCCCUGUGACCCCAUCAGUGGCCGGUGCCUCUGCCCCGCCGGCUUCCACGGCCACUUCUGUGAGAGUGGGUGUGAGCCAGGUUCAUUUGGAGAGGGCUGCCACCAGCGGUGUGACUGCGAUGGGGGGGCACCCUGUGACCCUGUCACCGGUCUCUGCCUUUGCCCACCAGGGCGCUCAGGAGCCACCUGUAACCUGGAUUGCGGAAGGGGCCAGUUCGGGCCCAGCUGCACCCUGCACUGUGACUGUGGGGGUGGUGCUGACUGCAGCCCUGUCAGUGGGCAGUGUCACUGUGUGGAUGGCUACAUGGGGCCCACGUGCCGGGAAGGUGGGCCCUUCCGGCUCCCCGAGAACCCGUCCUCAGCCCAGGGUCCAGUAGCCACACUGCCCGCCUCCAGCAGACGCACGUCCCGGAGCAGUGGACCAGCAAGGCACUAGCAGAGGUGCCCCGUGGAGCCCGCCUCUCCAUUCCAGCCAGACGGGACCCAGGCCUUUGGUGACUACUGAGGACACUUCAUGGGCCCAGAGCCCUUGGUACUGCCCUUCCUCUGAGGGCCGUGGAGGGCUGUGGACAGCCCAGCAACCUGUUGCUCUUGGAGGCUGGUGUGGCCUUGAGGAGGGAAGCCUUGCAUGGCUACUGGAAGAGAGGCACUGCCUGGCCUGGCUCUGCAGAACCUAGGGGCACGCUCUGGGCCUGGGCUGAGAAGGCCCCACUCUCCCUGCGGCUCUGAGUCGGGCUGAGGACAGGUGUGGGCGCCAGUGUGGGCGCAGGUGCGGGCACAGGGCCACUGUCCUCCAGGCAGGCUUUUUGGUGCUAGGCCCUGGGACUUUAAGCUGCCCAGCCCGUAUUUAUGUAAAGGUAUUUAUGGGCCACUGCACAUGCCCACUGCAACCCUGGGAUCAGCUGGAAGCUGCCCGUCAUCUCCUGCCUGAUGCCCAGAAACCCUGAUUCAGGUCUGCAGGGUUCUGCAGGCUCACCAGGCUGCUGGCGCCGGUACCGUGUAAACCCAGGAAGGUAAAGGAGCAGGCGGCCUCCUCAUGGCCUGUGUGUUUGCUGCGUUACGUGGACUCUGUGUGAGCUCCUCCCUGGGGCCUGGCCAGGAUAAGGGUGCACAUGGGGACCUCCCAGUGUACCUGGGACCCUUUGCAGGGGUGGGGGUGCCACACAAGUGAAGAAGUUGGGACUCAUCUCAGUUCCUGGUGCUAUUGGGGAGAACGCUGGGGCUGCAUUCAUUACCACUGAGACCCCCUGAGACCCAGAGAGUGGCUGGUCCCGAAGAAUGGCCCAGGGGGAGGAAGACUGGUGUGGAGGGGCAACCUGGACUGAGGCCGAACUCCCUUGGGCCUACCCCACCCACCCCUACCUGAGCAUCAGCAGUCGGGGGGAGGGCAACAUCACAGGGAUGGGGCAGGGGCUCCCUGGGUGAGUACAGGCCGACCCUCCCGAGCACCUGGCACUCAGGCUGAGGCUGAUGUCUCCUGGAAGAAGGGCCCAGAGUGGACAGUAGAGGCAGAGGGUAGAGGCGGUGGCUGGGGGCUCCUCUGCAGGGUGGGGUGGCCAAUGGAGAUGGCUGCACUCAGACUGCAACACAAGAUGUUCUCUCCCUUGAAAAGGCCCCCUUAGGGUCUGGGCUGCUGCCCCCCAUCACCCUAAAACCAGCCAAGGUAGCUGAGGCCCCAGGGCAGAGGAUUUCACCAGCAGCAGGAGGAGUCCAGUGAGCUUGGUUGCUCACAGAUGGCAAGGGAGCUGUCACAGAGGAAGCCAAUGAAUGGACCGCCGUGGGGAGACUGUGAAGUAAACCAGUGAUAAGGGAGGGCAGGAUGGUGGGGAUGCGGGAGCAGCAGACGGAGAGAGAUGGACUGUGGUGCAAUGGAGUGUGGAAAACGCACACCUGGAAAUGAAGCAUCCAGCAGAUGGGGUGAGUGGAUACAGCUCAGGAGAUUCUCCUAGGAAUAGCAGGGAGGCAUAAAGAGAGGCAACGUACAGAAGAUAGACGAACGGAAAUGGAUAAGGGAGGUGUUCAUUCACCUCCAUCUAACUGCAAAAUACAAAAAUAAGAAGUCAUUGACAUGAAGAACGAUGACCAAGACAUUCUCAGAUCUAAAGGUGAAUGAUCUCAGUCAGACUGGAAAUGCACAAGGUGGAAGAAUAACAAAAAAGCCAUAAGACCUUGAAGAACAUCAAUGUCAAAGAUAAAUUCUAAAGUCCCAGAGAAAAAAGAAUGGGAAUCGAAUUGACCCCAGACUUUACGCGAGAAACACGGAGAGCCAGAAAACUGUGAUUUUCCAUCCUCAGAGUUUGAAGGAAAUAUUUGAAGCCUGAAUUUUAUGUCCAGCUAAACUAUCAGGGGCACGCAAAGUCCAUGUUAUUCUUAGGCCUUCAAGGCCUCGGCCGGUUUUCUACAGAAAAGCCUGAUUUGAAAAUGCUCUUAGAGACAUUCUCCAGCCAGAAGAGAAAGCAGCCAGGAGGGUGCUAUGAGAUAAUCAGUCACCACAGUUCCCAAAUGGCCCAGCAAUUCAGAGAAUCAGAAUAUCCCCAUUACUCCCCAGUGAGAACCCCCGACAGUCUCAGCAUGGUGUGAGGGUGUGGACAGGGGCAGGUGCCAAUCACUCAUCCCGCUCAGUGAAGACACAUGCUCAGCUACAGGAAGCCGUAAGGCAGGCUGAGCUUCUGCCCACCCGGAGGAAAUCUCAGCUAUCCAACGGCAGUCAGGAACAGAGGAGAAUAAAGCAGAAUAACUAGAAAACGGGCUCACAGAUCCUAAUGUUAACGGUUACAAAUGACGAUGGAAAAACAAACUCCUGACCGUAUAUUAUAUAGUUUCAAAUAGCUAGGAGGAUACUGGACAUUCUCAACACACAUAAUAAACGUUUGAGAUGACGAUAUGCUCAUUACCCUGAUUUGAUCACUAGACAUCCCAUGUAUCAAACAUCACUAUGUAUCCAAUGAAUAGCUAUAAUUAUUGUCAAUUAAAAACAUUAAGCACAGACUAGACUGCAUUAAAAA